CUGAGCUGGCUUCCAUUGAUCGCAAAACAACGGGCUGUGGGAGGAAUGACAAGGGCGCCUGUGGGCUAACGGGUGAGGGAAGGGAUACAAACCAGAGCUCACACCACGCUGCCGUCUUCACCUCACUGAUUCUGUUUCUCUCGCUUCCACCCUGGAAUGACAGUGACAGCUGGUGCUUUGCAGCGGAAGGAGGCCUGGGCACAGAUUCUCCUCUUGUGAGAAGAUCCUGCCUCCACACCGCGCUAGAACAACAGCGGCACAUCUCCUGCAGGGUUCAGAGACAAACACCAUGGAAGCCCCUCUCGUGUGUUUGGAUGAGGAGUUUGAGGACCUCCGUCCCUGCCACAUGGAUGAGCUGGACCGCCCAGCUCUCAAACACACUUCUUACUCCACCACCACCGUCCCACUGGCUUCCAUCACCCGCGAGGAUUUCUCUGAGCUGGAGAACUUCUCUGAGAUGAUGAGCUUCAAGUCGAUGGAGGACCUGGUCAACGAGUUUGACGAGAAGCUCAACGUGUGCUUCCACAAUUACAACACCAAGACGGAGGGCCUGGCACCCAUACGCAACCAGUCGCACAACCAAGAGGAUGAGGAGCGGCUGCAGGAUGAAGAUGUUUGGGAUGCUCUAACUGAUAACUAUAGCUCCACCUGGGACGGCAGCGACUCAGAGGGACUCAACGGCAAUCUUUCUGAGCUCGAGAUCCACGAAAAAGAGGAAGAAGAGAUGAACGAGAAGAAUGACAAUGCCAACUGCCUGAAGGAAGAGCCACUCAUCACAGCUGAUCAGGUCAUUGAGGAGAUAGUCGAGAUGAUGGAGAACUCUCCAGAUCCUGGGGAAACUGAGGAGGAGGAGGAUGAAGAGGAGAGCAGCCCUUGCUCCUCCAGAACCAACCCCUCCCUGCUGGACGAGAUCAGGCAGCUGUCACUGGCUUCCAACAACAACUGCUCCUACGAAGGCCUCAGCCUGAUGCCCAGCUCAGCACUCGUCGAACUGCUGCAUAGGGUAGAGGCCGCCAUCCUUGAGUACUCAGAAGAGCUCGUCAGCCAGCUGGCUCGGCGGGAGGAGCUGGAGUUUGAGAAAGAGGUGAAGAACACGUUCAUCACAGCCCUGAUGGAGGUGCAGAACAGGCAGAAGGAGCAACGGGACAGCAGCAAACGCCGGCGCCGGGACAAGGCCCUGAGCCUGCAGGGGGGCGUGACAUCACCCGAGAACGGAGGGAAUACCACCUCCGCCGGCAACUCAGAGAAGGCAGGGAGCAUGCCUGUCAAGCGUUUCAGCAUGGAGGGACUGUCUAACAUCCUGCAGACGGGCAUCAGACAGACAUUUGGAAGCACAGGAAAUGACAAACAGUAUCUAAACACAGUCAUUCCAUACGAGAAGAAAGUCUCCCUUCCAACUGUUGACGACCUGCAGAUGCUGACAAAAAUUCUUUAUGCGAUGAAAGAGGACAGUGAGAAGGUGCCUACACUGCUUACCGACUACAUAUUGAAAGUCUUGUGUCCUACCUAAAGCACGGCUGGGCCGGAGAUCUCUUUUCCAACCAUCCUUGCCUAGGGCCCCGAGCUGCAUGACCUCCCAUCUUCUACCAUUAUCAACCGUGGAUCCUCACCAUCGACAUCAUGUACUCACCUCAACUACGACUACUGCCUUUCGCUGAGCUCACCCUCUCCCCCUCCCGCACAUCAAGCUCAGGCCAGACACAAAAUGGCCACCAUCUGAACUCUUAAAAAGGACUUCACUAACGGAGCAUGGCAUACUAUUAAAUGUCCCAACACCACUUUGAUACAGGGAUACAACUUUAUUUUUGCUUUCUUUUCUAUACUUUCCAUUCUCUGUCCUUUGUUUUCCUCUAACAGAAUCUCAACGUUGCCAAGUUUUGACACCUAUUCAUAAAGUGACCUCUUAACCACUGGAGUCUGUCUGUCGUAUUCACUGGUUCAUAAGUGCGUAACUGUAAAGAAAUGCAUCCACACAUAAUCAUCUCCCUGUAUGGUUUCAGAUGACAACUCAUUUGAAUACAAAAGCCAUGCACCUUUUUCUGCCAACUGAGUACUGUAGCUCCAUGUGGACAAAAAGAAACAUGUGACUAUUACGGGUGCAGUCCAGCGCAUUAUAGAGCUUUUUACUUCUUUUUUGUUUCGCUUCACUAUCUGAAUAUCCAGUGCACUUUUUUUUAAAAGUCUUUUCAUUUGUAUCUACAUAUUUGAUAUAAACUCUGUUGAUGAUUUUCUACUCUGGUUAACUGUUUCAUUCCGCCCUGUUCAGCCACGAGGUGUAUAACUGACUUUUCCUUGGAUAUGUCAUUCCCUGAUGAGAUGAGCUCAUGUUAAUUAAGGCGUGCAUAUUUGCAUAUUAGCGUAUUUAUUAAUUCCUUUUGCGCCAUGUAGUUGAAUGUUACAUCGCUAAUCGCAAAUUCUAAUAAACGAUCUACCCUAGGGGCGACGA